AUGUCUAUAUUGAUGCGUAGUAAUAUAAGCGGUAAUAGUAAGCUUAACUCUCGGUCAAUCUUUAAGAAGCAGGUUGCAGUGUCGGUUAGUGGAACAAAACCACUUAUGGAAAUGUACGAGCAUUUAAAAUAA